AUGAAGUCGGCCGCAUUGGCCACAGAGAUCGGUCCUCCUCCCGCCUCACCACUGGAUGUGGAAGAGGGGAUGCCCAUUGAAGAGCCCCAAGAUGAACCGGCCACAGAGAUCAGUCCUCCUCCUGCCCCGCCACUGGAUGUGGAAGAGGGGAUGCCCAUUGAAGAGCACCAAGAUGAACUAGAAGAAGAGGAUCCGGAUGGAUUGACAGAAGAAGAACAACGUGAACGCGAUGAAAUUAUACCGUAUUUGCUCCAGCAUGCCUAUCAUUUGCCAGGCAACACCAUGACCCAGGACUGGUGGCAGUAUCAAACCAACAAUCACCCUGUGUUUGGCAUCUGCCUGCAUCACAAAUUUCACCCAUUGAGUUGGAAAAUUCGCGCUAUUAGUCUCUUUGGCAGUAUGUUGUUUGGAUUGGCCAUGACAAGUGCUGUCUACUGUACCUUUGUCUUUGUCAAUCAAGAUUCCGAUCAAACACUUCUGCAAGUCACCACCAAUUUCACAGUGGGCAAUAGUGACUUGGACAGUGCCAUCUCACAAGUAUCUGUCACUUCUGGAAAUUUGGUGCUUUGGUUCUUGGGAGCACCCCUUCAUGGACUCUACGACAGCUUUGCGUGGCUACUGGCUGGAUGUACCUGCAUUCAAUUCACUCAUGCUGACAGCAAAGCAGCCAAUACUUGUCGCAAAUCAGGCGCCUUCAUGACCACUCUUGUUGUCCUUGUGGUCAUGGCAAUUACAUCCUUUUCUGUCAUGCUGCGAGCUUCUCUUGAAUCCAGCAAUACUUUUAUUGAGUUUGACUUUAGUCCUCUUUUCAAUGACACCAAUGGCACCAAUUAUACUUCAGCAUUCUUGAUGACAGAGCUUGACACAUUUGGCACCAGCAACUUUACUGAAGCCCCCAUUGUCAUGGCCAGUGACAUCCCCGAUAUUUUGGAGUCCCAUAUUCUUGUCAAGGAACAGUUGGAAUCACUCUACAAGGAACAGAACUUUGAAGACUACCUCUUUGUUGCCAGCUACUUUGUGGAGCUCAUGUUCACCUACAUCAUUUACUACCCCAUUUUUGGGACCAUCAUGUUCAGUGGUGUCUUGUCAAAAUGCUUCAGUUGCUAUCCAUCCUUGCUGGGAGGACGGCCCUAUGAGAUGCAGCAAUUGGAACUGGCCAAACAAUUAGAAGAAGAAUGUAUGGAAAAGGGAGAAGUAGAAGUGGAAUACAACAAGACACCCGAUAACAGCCAAGACGAAGACGACAACGACGACGACAGCAAAGACGAAGACGACAACGACAUGGCUGCUCCGGAGCCCAAACUAGAGCUGGCCAAACAAGUAACAGACGAAGACCUUUAGCUAUCCAAAAAGAUAUGAUUAGAGUGUGCACAUUCACCUCACUAGCUUGCAAACCUCCAUGUAAAGGCAGUUUCUUCUUUUAGUUUCAUUAUUAUUGUCCUCUCAGGAGGUAUCGUUC